GGUUUAUUGAAAUUAUUGUUUGGCGAUAUUGUUGUUGGUGAUGACGAUGACGAUGAUGAUGGUGAACAGAUUUUAUCCACAUCAAAUCGAUCGAUAACAAACAUUGAUGAUGAUGAUGAAGAUCAACCAUCGGAUUUAGAAAUCUCUAUAAACGAUGAACCACCAGAAGAACAGAAUCCAAUGGAUGAAAACCAAAACGAUAUUCAAAUUGAUAUUGCUGUUGAUGAUGAUGAUCAAAUGGAAGUAAACGUUAUUGAUAGGCAAAAUACUAAUGAUAAUGAUGAUUCAAGUACAUCAUCUAUUAGCGAUAUAGAAGAUAUUCAACCAGUUGAACCGAAAAGUACUAAUAUUGAUCAACAACGGAAAAAAACUAGUACACCAAGAAAAAAAUUACAAUUAAAUGAUGAGGAUGAUGAUAAUGAUUCUGUUAGCAAUGUAUUUGAUCGAAAACAAAAACCAAAAUCCAAACAAAUAAUACGAAAAAAGAUUAAAUUGAAUCAAAUUCCCGAAAAUGAAAGUAGCGAUACUGAUAUAAAUGAUAUUGAUGAACGAUUUGAAAUGGAAUUUAAUAACAGGGAUUCGAAUAAUGAACCUGAACGUGAUAUACAAUCUAUAAAACGUGAAAUUUAUUCUAUAAUUGCACCAAAAUCCUAUACAAUGGAAGAAGAUGGUUCAAUUUUAAAAUUUAUUAUUAAAACUGGUCGUUAUAGAGAAAUAAAAGGUCGUUCAUUAUGGGAAGAUAUGGAACGUAAUCGUAUUUGUAAUCGUACAUGGCAAAGUAUGAAAGAACGUUUUCGUAAAAUAAUUACACCAAAAUUACCACUUUAUACUAUAUUAUUUAAUUUAUCCGAAAAAGAAGUUGAAAAUUUUUAUCUUUAUUCAAUGAAAAAAAUGCCACAAUCAUCAAAUGAUUCAAGUAAUAUUUCAAAAAGAUCAAAUCGAUGACUAUUGAAUGAGAUAUUGAUAUGGUUAUCAAUCAACACCACCGCCAAACACACAUCAAACAGUUUCAUCAUCAUCAUUUUGGACAAAUUGGCGCGCGGGCGUCAUAAAAAUCGAACGCCAUCAAUCAACCAAUCACAUUUUUUUACCGCUAUCAUUCGAACGUUUUUGAAAAAAACGAACGAUUUUUGUUCUUCUUUUUGAUUCGAAUGUGCGCAUCGAUUUUUUCAAUUUUCUCCCCCCUCCUCUAACCAUUUAUUAAUUGUGUUUGAUACCGCCAUCGAAUGAUGAUGAUUAAUCAGAUUUUUUUUUGUAACCAUCAUUGUUCUCACUGUCAAAAAAAA